AGCCCGGCACAGUGACACCCACUGCCAGUGCCUGGAACACCCACCACACACUCCCUGCAUCCACACUUACAGCCAAGAUGCCCAAAAAGAAGCCCAUGCCCAUCCAGCUGAUCCCCACCCCUGAUGGGACCGCUGUGAACGGGACCCCUACUGCAGAGACAAAUCUUGAGGCUCUGCAGAAGAAACUUGAAGAACUGGAGUUGGAUGAACAGCAGAGAAAACGCCUGGAAGCAUUUCUCACCCAGAAACAGAAAGUCGGGGAACUCAAAGAUGAUGAUUUUGAGAAAGUGUCAGAGCUUGGAGCUGGCAAUGGGGGUGUGGUGUUUAAGGUGUCACACAAACCAUCCAGCCUGAUCAUGGCUAGAAAGUUGAUUCACCUGGAGAUUAAGCCUGCAAUCCGGAACCAGAUUAUCCGAGAGCUGCAAGUUCUGCAUGAGUGUAAUUCCCCAUAUAUUGUGGGGUUCUAUGGAGCAUUCUACAGUGAUGGAGAGAUCAGCAUCUGUAUGGAACACAUGGAUGGUGGUUCCCUUGAUCAGGUACAGAAAAAAGCUGGAAAAAUCCCUGAGAAAAUUUUGGGGAAAGUCAGCAUUGCAGUGAUUAAAGGUCUGACAUACCUGAGAGAGAAGCACAAGAUCAUGCACAGGGAUGUGAAGCCAUCAAACAUCCUGGUGAACUCUCGAGGGGAGAUCAAGCUCUGCGACUUUGGGGUCAGCGGUCAGCUCAUCGACUCCAUGGCUAAUUCCUUUGUGGGGACCAGAUCUUACAUGUCUCCAGAGAGGCUGCAGGGCACACACUAUUCUGUGCAGUCUGAUAUCUGGAGCAUGGGCUUGUCGCUGGUAGAGAUGGCCAUUGGCCGAUAUCCUAUCCCCCCUCCUGAUGCCAAGGAGCUGGAAUCAAUCUUCGGCUGUUCUGUGGAAGGAGAUACCACAUCAGCUGAACUGUCUCCUCACCCACGGCCACCAGGGCGUCCCCUCAGCUCUUAUGGCCCAGACAGCCGACCACCCAUGGCCAUUUUUGAGUUGCUGGACUAUAUUGUAAAUGAGCCUCCUCCUAAGUUGCCCAGUGGAGUAUUCGGAGCAGAGUUCCAGGAUUUUGUGAAUAAGUGUCUGGUGAAGAAUCCAGCUGAGCGAGCAGAUCUUAAGCAACUCAUGGUUCACAGCUUCAUUAAGACAGCUGAGCUGGAAGAGGUGGACUUUGCUGGCUGGUUGUGUUCCACUAUGGGUCUAAAACAGCCCAGUACGCCCACUCAUGCCGCUGGGAUGUGAGGGGAAAGAGGAAGUGAUGCCAGGCAAGGCAGAGAUCGCCACCACAUCUCGCUCCUGCCUUCAUACAGGGUGGGCUCUCUGCAGAAUGUGCCAAAAACAGCCAGCCUCUUUUCAUUCCCUAUAAACCCUUCAUUGAAAGAGAGGGCCUUUGGGACACAAGAUUAACAAACGUGUACCAGUGUUUAGUUGGCCCUGUGUGCAACAGGGUCCCUGCUUGUGUCCUAUGAUGCUUUGUGGUACCUGUGAUGCUAUACGUACAAGAUAAAGAGAAUAGUCUGGUAGCCUGGAACAUACCGAAGGUUAAAGGUCAUUGUAACAGAAGUUGGCUUAUAGGGUUAGUCUCACAUUGGACCAAACUGAACUCAUAGUAGUUAAAUCUCCAGCUGUUGGCUCAUCUUGAAACCAGAAACAAAAACGCCUAAAAAAGUAUAUUUACAUUCUAGCCAGAUCAAAUAGAAGUAACAUACAGUAUUUGGUUACAAAUGUUUACUAAAAUACAUUUUUAAAAAAAUCAGUUUUAAAAUAUUGAGUAGUGUGGAUAGUUCAGGUUUGGUUUCCAUUUGUGACUGCCCAUCACAUUACAAUUUUCUCUUCUGGCAGUUUGUGUUCCAUACUGGCUGGAGCUCUGAGCCUUGCGUGUUCUCUUCAGGCAACUGUAUUUGAACCCGCGUCCAAAGCCAUAAACCAAGGGCCUGUCUGCUUUAGGAAAGGUUUACUCCUCUCUGUCAGAGCACUAUGCACUUUGCUAUUCAAGUUUAUUACAUAUAAACUGUCAAAUGUUGAAAAUAUACCACUAAAAUAGGACUCUUUGGAGAGAUUUUUGUAAAAAAAUAAAAAAUAAUAAUUGGGCAUAUGCAUAAAAAAAUCUAGCACUCUAUAAGUAAGUAGCACACCUACUCUUCGGCAGCAUACCUGCGUAUCUUGCUGAUCUGCAUACAAAAACUUAGCAAACAUCUACAGAGUAAUAUCUUUUAAUCUAUCAGUCUUCUUAAAAAGGGGGGGGGGGAAAACAACAUUUGAAAAUAAAUCCUACAAGUGGAGGAUGAAAACAGUAGUAAAAAUAACAUUCAAAACAUAACAUAUUUGUGAGGAAUGUUAAAGAUGAGAGGUAGUUGCCAACAUGGAUCGGAUUGUCAAAUCAAAGGGUUGCAAUGUGCUUCCCACUUAAAGGGACAUUAAACACUAAAUAAUUUUAAUAAGCAUAGUAUUGAGGUUAUUCUCUGCAUCCCUCUGUACUCAUGGGUGUUGCCAUGUUAAAUCUAUCUUUUAUUACAUUGCAGUGCUGACCUGUUUGCAGGUAUCUGAAGGAAAGUUGAUUCACAUAUUCAGUGUAACUUGGGUUCCAUAAUGGCAGCACCCAUGAUUACAGGGCGGUGCAUGAAAUAUAUUUAUCGUCCCUUUCACAUAGGCUUGUCUAAGCCUUGCUUACUGAUUUAUUAUUAUAAGUUAUUUGUAGAGCACCAACAGAUUCUGCAGUAAUAAAAAUGAUCGAAUGUGUUAGGGUUUUUAUUAUUGCUUGAACAGAAAUAAUAACACAUACUUAAAGUCUGAUCUGAACUGGCAAUGCACUUCAUAUCCCAAGCAAAGGGAUUGGUUCAGGAGAUGUGGCAGUACAGAGCUUACUUUAAUUUGGGGGGGGGGGGUGUGGACUAAACACAGUUAUACACAAACAAUAGUGCUAUAAUAAAAUGUUACAGCAAAUUAUAUCCCUUUAACAGCUACAUCCAUUCUCUUUGAGAUCAAUAACAAUUGCAAUCUAUUUUAAACACACAUUUUCAAUACACCUCCCUAGAUUUAGAUAAAAGAUUGCUAUAGUUGGUUGAUCCUGUCAUUUGCUGCAAGCUCAGUAAAUUUACAGAGAACUGCCAAGUCAGAGUAGGAUGAUCUUUGUGAAUAUACUAAGAGAGUGAUCUUGUCAAGGUUUAAUGAUUUAUCUUCUACUGAGACAACUUUAGCAGAAUGUUGUUUUUUCUUUUUUAAUUCUUGAUACAUGUGCCCAUAUUCCGCAGAAUGUUUUUAUCUUUUCGAGAUUUUAUAGCCUUUCAAAGCACUGAACUCUAGAAGAGUGUGGGGAAAUAAGAUGCAUUAGUACAAACAACUGUUUGCAAUGUGCUCCGUCAGAGAAGGAAAUCGGUAUCCAGCAGUCCUUUCACUGCCUCCUGCCUGUGCCUAUUUGCUUAUCCUGAUUCAUAUUUAUUUUAUUGUUGACUGUGAUGUGCGAUUUUCUCUGAAUUAUUAUUGCUAGCCUGCCCCUAAGGAUUGCAAAUCGGAGAAGUGUGCUGUAUUCCUUUUACUAGUAACUGCCAUUUAUGUGGCCCAAGGUUCUAGACAAGGGGGCGUUAGACCUACAACAGAAUUCCCUUCAUUAAGAAACUUCUGCAUUUUGUUUCAGAACAUUGUACCUUUUAAAUUCUCUGAUGUAUUAUCUUUAAUUCUAAUAAAUAUUGUGAAAAAC